AUGUCUUCCCACCACGGCGUCACAGAGAAGAUCCACGAGGAGCCUCACAUUGUCAACAAGGCAGCUCCAGGCAUCUCCUACUUCACACCCGCGCAAGAACCACCCGCCGGCACCGCCUUCGACCCCCAAGAAGAUGGCAAGCCCAUCCCCAAGCUCUUCCAGCCCCUCACUCUCCGCGGCCUCACCCUCCAGAACCGCAUCAUGCUCUCGCCCCUCUGCCAAUACUCCGCUGAGGAUGGCCACCAUACAGCCUGGCACUUGACUCACCUCGGUGGCAUAGUCCAGCGCGGGCCCGGCAUCACCUUCGUUGAGGCGACGGCAGUAGUGCCGGAGGGCCGCAUCACACCCGAGGACUCGGGGCUGUGGAAGGACAGCCAGAUGGAGCCGCUGAAGCGGAUCGUUGAGUUCGCCCACAGCCAAGGGCAGAAGAUCGGGAUUCAGCUCGCGCACGCGGGACGCAAGGCCAGCACGGUUGCGCCGUGGUUGAGCAGCGGGGAGGUUGCUGGGCCCGAGCUCAACGGCUGGCCGGACGAGGUCUACGCGCCCAGCGCCAUCCCAUAUAACGACAAGCACGCCCAGCCAAAGGAGAUGACGAAAGAGGACAUCACCAACUUCAAGAAGGCGUUCAAAGACUCCGUCCAACGCGCCUUGGCCUGCGGCUUUGACGCCAUCGAGAUCCACAACGCCCACGGCUACCUUCUGCACGAGUUCAUCUCUCCGGCCAGCAACAAGCGCACGGACGAGUACGGCGGUUCUUUCGAGGGACGCACCAGACUCACUCUUGAAGUCACCGAUCUGGUGAGGCAGACAAUCCCGGAUAGCAUGCCGCUUUUCCUCCGCAUCAGCGCGACGGACUGGCUCGAGGACACGGACGUCGAGGGCUGGACCGUGAAGGACACUGUCCGGCUUACCGAGAUCCUCGCCAGCAAGGGCGUUGACCUGCUCGACGUCUCAUCGGGCGGCAAUCACCCAGCACAAAAAAUCAAGUCCGGACCUGGAUACCAAGUGCCGUUCGCCAAGGAGGUUAAGAAGGCUGUCGGUGACAAAAUGGCAGUAGGUGCUGUAGGCACCAUCACGUCGGGUAAGCAGGCGAACGAUAUACUGGAGGAGGGAAUAGAUAUGGCGAUUGUGGGGCGCAUGUUUCAGAAGAACCCGGGACUGGUGUGGUACUGGGCCGAGGAGCUGGGCGUGGAGAUCCAGGUUGCGAAUCAGAUCCGCUGGGGCUUUGGUGGGAGGGGGAAGAAGCAUCGGAGUGAUAAGCUGGAGAAGGAGAAGAAGGAGCAGAAGUUGUGA